AUGACUUCGUGCACAAGAUCGAUAAAUCAUGUGAAUGGAUAUAAGGACGAAAAACUACCCCAUUACUUUGUUGAAGUAACAUUAAAAGAUUUGAAUAAUUUUGAGAUUUUGAAUUCUAUAUGUCUCUUGGACAAUUUCGAUCAAAUGCUUUACUUUCUUGAAAGUCAAAUCAAUACCAUUCAAAUGAAAGAUGGUAAGAGAAUUUUGGCAAUUCCUUCUUACGAUGUUUUAAUUGUAUUAAUAACUCUGGCCACAGUUUCUGAACAUUCUAAAGAACAGUUACUCCGAGCAAGUGAUCCUUAUAAUUUCACAAGGAUUCCGUUAAAUAAGAAAGCGCUGAGCAUUAUUGAACACUAUCUGUCAAUUUUGAAAAAUUUUGAUACUACACUUUAUGCCGGUUACGAUUUAGAACUUUUGAGGUGUCAAUUCUUUUUAAUGGUAGACAACCUAUUGCCAAAGAGUUUUAACCAGUUAGAGUCUAUUACAAAUCCUUACACAGCCUACUUUACUUUACUAAAACAGAAGGAGACCAUUUUAGGUAAUAGGUUAUUGAAUGUGCAAUUAGCCAAGCCAUCUGAGUUUCUCAAUCUCAUUUUGCUUACAUUAUCAUAUUCAUUGGAGGAAACAGAGGGUAAAUAUCUAUCGUUUCAUGAACGUUGGGGUCCAAUGAUGGACAUUCUCACUGAUCUCAUUUCUUUAAGACACAAAUACUACAUGAAAAAUGAAAUUGCUAAAGAAAAGAUAAAAUCUUCGCUUUACACACAAAGGUUAUCAGAAAGCCCUCUGGCUUGUUUUUUCAAAUUAUUCAACACCUUUGCAUUCAAAGACAGAUUUACUGAAUAUAUUUUCAUUGGCUGUAACAUCAAAGGUAUUGCUGCGGACAGAAGUAACAAAUACUCCAGUUUUAAUCCACAUACAAUUUUCAAAGGGGAAGAUGCCAUUUCAACCACUUACGUUGCGAGGACAGCCUUCAGUACUGCGUACAAAGUUAAAAAGUCGAUGCGUCUUCGUAGGAGAAUUAUAAAUAAGUGUUUUAAAUUACUUUCACAGGUUCCAAAGAGACACAGACUUGUAUCUCCAAGAAUGGACAUCGAUGAUAUUAUAACUAACAUUUCCAUUACUCUAUCGAAUUUCUCUAAUUUAAUGGAGUUUUUUGCAUUUUUCGAUACAGAAAGUCCAAGUAAGGACUUUUCUUUCUUACCUGUGGUCGCAGAAAAUACUUUAAAUGAAUUAUUAUUCAGACUUGAAAGCAACGAAGGGGCAAAAGAGGAGUUUUAUUUAUCGAGAGGACAGGGAAACGACAUUACUGUAAAUUUAGUCAGUAACUUGUCCAAUACUGAUGCAUUUUUAAAAGAAUGCCUAAUGCUUCUAGAAGAAAAACUAUCUACAAAUGAUUCCUUGAAAACCCCAUUAUUAAUUCAAAAAUCAUUAAUUUGCAUUUUAUCUCUCUUAAGAUUUUUAAUGUUUUUGAAUGACAAAGAAGCUAUGCGUGGUUCGCUGAUAUAUACGCAGUUUUUAGACUCCAUUGCAAACAUUAAUAUAGAAGAUAAAGAGAAUGAGAUCUAUAUAUCGCCAAUGUCGAAUAUAAUAAAUAAUUUUUCUUUGUAG